AUGGUGGGCGUGAAGCCACAAUACGCAGGCUGCAUGGAGGGCCAGAGGAAGCGCAAAAGGACAAUCUUCAGCCGCGUGCAGCUGUCCGAGCUCGAGCAGGCGUUCGCUGUGACUCCGUACCCAGACAUCACCCUGCGCGAGCGCCUGGCCGAGCACACACACCUGCCUGAGAGCAAGAUACAGGUGUGGUUCCAGAACCGAAGAGCCAGAAGUAUCAAGACUGUCAGGCUCCCAAAGUCGUCCAAAACCAUCCUGGGUGCUAGGGGAGAUCCAGAGACCAAUCAGCACAGAAUCCAAUUGCCCUCCCCUGGACAGACCACCUCCUCCACCUCCACCUUUCACACCGCAAACACCAUCGGUGGCCUAUUUCGUUCCGAGCAGAAUCAGUCCUUGGAUGAAGGUCAACAGAUGUUCUCCGACUGGCUCCAGCUCUGCAGCAACUCUGGCUUCUGCUCCUCGUCUUCACCAGCCGUCCAUCCCCACCACCAACCCCCCCCCCCCCAUCACCAUCCAAACCAUCAACCCCCACCCCAUGACCACCCCCACCCUCCCCAGUCUCCAUAUAAACUCUCUGGGACGCUUUUCUGGGAGGAGGACCCUCAGAGUAAGUUGAACCACAUGGGCAACUUCCCCGUCUCCCUCUCUGGUCUCAUCCCACAGCACCAAAGCAGGCCACCCCACCAUCACCACACCUCAACCUCCCAGAGCCACAGGCCUGAGGGCUCGGGCGUCAAACCCCCACCUGUGCUUCCAGGGCAGGCCGGAGAUCAGUCCAUCUUUGGAGGACUCACCAGAGGCUGCAGGGGCCAUAGGUCAGUGGACCAAGUGGUACCGUCCCACCCUCAGCAGGUGUACUGGGACGGAUCCCAGGGACUCAGCCACCACCACCACCAUCACCACCACCCACAGACGGGGCCUCAGACUUCUAUGGGCUAUAUCUCAGACCUCAUUUACAACGCUGCUAUUGUCACCAACUUCCUGGAGUUUUGA